AUGAAUUCCACCGGCGAACUGGCCGAGCCAGUCGCCAGAGGCACCUGGGCCACCGCCAAACAAUCUUUCGGCGACCUGUUCAAAUGGAAGCAACGCGUCGAGAUCACCAACGAAUACGGCGAAACCAGAACAGAAUGGCAAACGCCAAAGCCUCUCCGGAACCCCUUCUCGCUAUUCGCCUCAUUGUCGCUCCAGGGCUGGAUCUUCUUCCUCGUCGGUUUUGCCUCCUGGACGGCCGAUGCUUUCGAUUUCCACGCCCUCUCAAUCCAGACAACAAAGCUGGCCAAGUACUAUGACACGAGCAAUACCAAUAUCACAACGGCCAUAACUCUCACGCUGCUACUGCGUUCCGUCGGCGCCGCAAUCUUCGGUUUAGCAGGUGACCAGUUCGGCAGGAAGUGGCCUAUGGUCCUCAACAUGAUCGUCUUAGGAAUCCUACAAAUUGCAACGAUCUACAGCGCGACCUUCAGCCAAUUCCUCGCAGUGAGAAGUCUCUUCGGACUCUUCAUGGGAGGAGUCUACGGCAACGCCAUCGCCAUGGCUCUCGAGAACUGUCCCGUCGAAGCCCGAGGUCUGAUGUCCGGAAUCCUGCAACAAGGCUACUCCUUCGGCUACGUCUGCGCCGCAUGCGCCAAUCUCGGCGUGGGAGGAAGUGUCGAGAGCUGGAAGACCGUAUUCUGGAUCGCCGCCGGUCUCUCAAUCGGAGUCGGACUCUUGCGAAUCGCAUUCCCGGAAUCCAAACAAUUCGUCGAGAGGAAGAAAGCGGGGCACAAAGGCGCAGCACCGGGCGUUUUCUGGGCAGAGACCAAGAAGAUGUUGGUGAAGGAGUGGAGGAUGUGUGUUUAUUGUAUCAUCUUGAUGACGUGGUUCAACUACUAUUCGCACACGAGUCAGGAUAGCUAUACCACGUUCAUGAAGGAGCAGAAAGAGAUGGGAAAUCACGAUGCGAGCGUCGCGAGUAUUCUGAUGAAGACUGGAGCUUGUGUGGGUGGGACGAUUAUCGGAUACCUGUCUCAAUGGGUCGGUCGACGCAGAGCAAUGGUUGUUUCGGCUCUGAUCAGCGCUUUGUUGAUCCCGGCUUGGACUCUGCCUACAUCGCUUGGAGGACUUUCCGCGAGUGGAUUUAUGAUUCAAUUCUUCGUUCAAGGUGCAUGGGGUGUAAUCCCAAUCCACCUCAACGAACUCUCCCCACCGGCCUUCCGCAGUUCUUUCCCAGGCAUUACCUACCAGCUCGGCAACAUGAUCUCUUCCCCAUCAGCACAAAUCGUCAACGCCAUCGCUGAGUCGCAUUACCUCACCGCACCUUCAGGGGACAGAGUGCAUGCCUAUGGACCAGUCAUGGGCGUUGCGACAGCAAUCAUCGCUUUGGGUAUUGUUUGCACCGCCGCCGUAGGUCCGGAGAAGAGAGGCAGCCAUUUCGAGCAUGCCAUCAUUGGUGGUGAGACGAGGGCAAAUGUUGAUGAGAAGGUCGCGGAUAUCGAGAGGGGAGAUUCUGUUGCUGUUUCGAAUAAGGUUGAUGAGAAGACUGAGAUUGUGGAGGAUACCAGGGAGGCGCAGAAGUGAGGUGAUAAUUCUGCUUCCUGCUGCUUCUGACUCUGGUGCAAUAUCGGAUGAGUUCCAGUAGAUAACGAUGAUGAGUUGACGAGUGAUUCUCGAUAGACAUGAAAGCAAGGACAUGUCAUGGGUUUUG